AUGUCUGGGGUUGCAAAGGAUGCGACGAUGGAUCCAGGUGAGCAUUGCUCAUUCCUGCUCAAGAAAUGCGUCAAGGUCAUAGAGACUUUCGACCCCAAGAAGACAACUGUCGAUGCAUACAUGGAGGACGCGCCGUGCCUCAAAGAUAAAAAGCUGGGCGACACCGAGCUGAAAUUUAUACACCAGGUCUUUUAUGGAUGCAUGCGCUACCAGAAAUUCCUGAAGCUCUUUGUCACCAGCUUUAUGUACAAGUGUCCCGCCACGGCACUGCGAGCCGAGCAGAACAUCUACCUGGUUCUCGCCUAUCUGCUGUUCUUUCGACUCGAAGAGCUCACAGUACCGGAGUUUCGUCAGUUUCUGAUCUGUGGCUAUGGAGCACCACCUGCCAUCAAUGCUCUCAUGCAGUAUGCCCUGAGCGUUGAGGAGCUCGAAAAAUGGGUCAAGGUGGAGUGGUGUAAGUUCUACGAUGUCGAUUACGUGGAGCAGGACAUCAUCGCAAAGUUGCAGAGCUUCAAGGAAGAGCUUCAAGCAACAGUUGAUGAAGUGGAGUUCCGUGCCACAGGCACCGUCAAGGCAGCCGAUGGCACGGGUCUACCUGGGAAGAGCGAGCGAAAGCUGACUGAGAUCAAGCCCUUCAACUUGACGCAGCCCAGGCCGCGUUUGAUCCCGGAGCCAGAUGUGAUCAGCCGCCAAGUCAAGGCGCAGCCUGUUCCCACCUCGAUCCACAAGAACAGCCUGGGCAAGGUGGAAGAACAGAAGAAAAAGAAGUUGCAGGAAGAAAAGGUGAAGGUGAUGGCCAAGUACGAUGAAGCCGAUCACUUCAACCUGGAAACGGCACAUCGCCGUGACCACGAAGCUGCCUUUGACGAGCUGAAGAAGCAGGUGGAAUCUGAGCGAAUGGCAGAGUGCACCUUCGUUCCGAAGACCGCCAAGAAAGUCGUUGCUACGUCAGAAGAUGCCACGGUCAGGCAUAAUGCAGCCUCUGUGCUUCGAGAAGAUGCCUUAGUUAAGCAGAAGCAGGCCAAGGAGUACCAGGCUCUCAAGCGCUAUGAGGAGGACUUGCAUGAUUCUUCGCAGUUCUACACGUGGCAAGAGAAAAUGAAGGAGAAGGAUCACACUGAGGAAGAGAUGCGCGUGCGGCAACGCAUCUUGGAGAUGCAGCUAUCGCGCGAAGUCGCCAUGGAUGCCUACGAGUCUGCAGUGCGAAAGAAGCAUAUCCUAGCAGAGCACCAGCGCGAGGAGCUGCAGCUCGAGUUGGACAUGCAGGACAAAAUGCGAGAGUAUGAGAUGGGGGAGAAAAAGCAGUUGGUUGAGGAAACGAAGGAGGACCGCGAAAGGGCCCGAUUGGCCGAGCAGGAUGUUCUGAAGGACAGGUUGCAGAAUGCAGAGAACAUGCGCAAGGAGCGUGAGGUGGAUGCGGAGCGUAAGAAGAAGGAGGACGAACAGGAGAUGGCAAAAAAGAAGGAUCUCAUUCGGCAGAUUCGAGCGCUGGAGAAGGUGCCGGUGGAGAAGUUCAAGAUGUUCGAUCCUGCAGAGCCGCCCUGUCAGGGCCUCUUGGAUGAGAUGUCGCUCGCAGAGCUCCGGGAAAGGUUGAGAAUCGUGGAAGCUCAACGCGAGAAGGAGCUGGAUGCCAAGCGCGAAAGGCAGCUGGCAAGGAAGCUUGAGAAGCAAGAGGAGCUCACUGAGAAGGCCGAAAUGCUGGCCAAAGUGCGGGAGCGUGCAAGGGAGGAGCAGCAGCAAAGGCAUGAACAAACCCGCAGGCAGAAGAUCCUGGAGGAGGAGCAGAAGCAGAGACAUCGAGAAAAAUGUAUCAUAGAAGUUGCAGAGAAGCUGCAGCUCAAGAAGAGGCAGAAGAAGGAAGAGGAGCAGCGACUGAAGCUGGAACUAAAGGAAAUCGCAACCAAAAGACAAUUCCUAGCCGCAAAUGCUGAGAUGGUGGAGGCUAAGGCGCAGGCCGAGCAGCAGUCAGGCCUUGACCGCGAAGCACAGAAGCGGCAGAAGACCACUCUCAUUGAGCAACGCAAGCGACAUCAGAUCAAGAUCUCUGAGGUUCAGCGGCGCAGGGACAAUCAGGACAGGGACAUCCAGGAGUACAAAACGAUGCAGCAGACAGUUACUGCAAGGAUGGACCGUGCAAAGGCGGCUGAUUUGGCCCUCAAAGAAGAGAUCCGCCAGUCGGUGCAAUCGGCACGGAAUAUCCAAAGAGUCGUAGCCAAGCGCAACGUCAGUGAGUUUGGCCACAGUAGCAAUGCCUACAUGAGUAGGAUUCAAAAUCGCAUGGCCACAUCCUGCUAG